ACGGAACGCAUGGCGGACUAUAGGAUAGGAGCGCUUCCUCGACGAAUCCUGUCAGAUCGGGAUGCCCAGCCGUUUCCUCUUCCUUGACACGUUUCUUCCAGUGACGGUCCUUGGACAUUUUGUUUCUUUCUUCCGUGUGCCGUGUUGAUCCCAAGUACAUUGUUACUGCUUUGCUGACAGGUGCCUGUUGAUUCGAAAAAGCGGUUGUUUCUCCCAAGUCACUGCCAUCUCCGUCUCGAACUAUUCCCGAUCGCCGUUCACCUUCAAGAUGGUCGCCGCCACGAUAUCACCGGAGGCGCCAGUCAAUGGCGUUGCGCCCGCGAAGUCCAAUGGCGUCGUCGUCGUGACAGAGUUGAAGCAACACCACCACCAUCACCACACUCCCCUCGUAAGCACCGAGCAAGAGACCAUUCAAGCGCCGCUACCAAACCCUUCGCUGGUGGUCACAGCCGAUCACCAGCUCAAGGCAGAGGAAGCACCCGUUCUCGCACCAAAGGCGGGAGAGGCAUUGGUCCACGUCAAGGCUACCGGCGUGUGCGGAUCCGACAUCCACUUCUGGAAGACGGGCCGCAUCGGAACGCUUGUGUUCGAGGGAGACUGCAUCAUCGGCCACGAGGCAGCCGGCGUCGUCAUCCGCGUCGGCGAGGGCGUCAAGAGCCUGAAGGCGGGCGACCGCGUCGCGAUCGAGCCAGGCGUGCCCUGCGGCGAAUGCUUCCUCUGCGUCGACGGACGCUACAACCUCUGCGAAGAUGUUCAGUUCUCUGGAGUUUACCCAUACCACGGCACCAUUCAGCGGUACAAGUGCCACCCGGCCAAGUGGCUUCACAAACUUCCCGACAACAUCUCCUACGCCGAAGGCGCCCUCCUCGAACCCCUGAGCGUCGGCAUGCACGGCAUCCGCACCGCAGGCCUCUCUCUCGGCGUCGGCGCAGUCGUGUGCGGCGCAGGCCCCAUCGGCCUUGUCACCCUCGCCGCGGCGCGGGCCUCGGGUGCUCACCCGCUCGUCAUCACCGAUAUCGAGCCCUCCCGCCUCACCUUCGCCAAGACGUUGAUCCCUAGCGUCAUCACGUACAAGAUUGACCCCGCGCUCGGCAACGAGGGCAACGGCAAGGCUAUCCGCAAGUUAUUCGGCGACGACGAGUAUAGCGCGCCCAGGACGGUACUUGAGUGCACGGGUGUCGAGAGCAGUAUCUGCACUGCCGCUUUCACUGUUCGUCGCGGUGGUACGGUUAUGGUUAUUGGUGUCGGAAGGGAGAUUAUGAACAACUUGCCGUUUAUGCACAUUUCUCUUGCAGAGAUCAAGCUCGAGUUCAUCAACAGAUACCGCGACACGUGGCCCGCGGGCAUCGCCUGCCUGAGCAGUGGCAUCCUCAACCUCAAAAGCCUCAUCUCUCACACUUUCCCUCUCGAGAAGGCCGUCGACGCCCUGACGCUUGCGUCCGACUACAGAAACGGCAGCAUCAAAGUUCAGAUCGUAGAUGAGACUGACUCGCCCGUUUUCUGAGGCGUUAUGCAGGGAGUUGGAGGUUUGAGAUCAGGUAGACAUGGGCUAGUCUGAUCAGGUAAUGAGAAGAGCAUCACAUCAAGUAGCAUACUCAGCAUCCAUGGCGUUUUGGUUUAACGAAUAUAUAUACAAACAAUUCUCUC